AUGGGUCCAUUACCACAAUACGAACGAGGAGACUCGUAUAAUGGAAUUCUAAUAGAAUCAAUCGUAUCGUAUCGAGGAGCUUUAUUAGCGACACUUGGUUAUGCUAUCGAUCGACUAAAUCAAAAGGGUGUUUAUUCGAACGUGAUUUCUUUUUGUGCUCGGGUGUUAGCAUUAUGCUUUUUUAAAAUUCCAAGCGUUGGGUUUGUUUUAUUGCAAGCAUUACCGGUUAAUAAAUUGCACAUUAAGAGAAUGUUAACGGAAACUCUUGGAAAUUUUGAAUCGAAUGAAGAAUGGAUAAGCAAACAAAACGAAAAAAUUCAGCCAAUAUUUCCCGAUCAUCUUGGUAUUCUCUGUUUUUCGAAUGUACGAUCGUGGUGGCGACAAUUCGAAAACGCGAAAAAGAUUGUGGGUGAGCCGCCUAUCGAGAUGAGUGAAUCUUUGGUACAUCGUAAUAUACACACCAUCACCACUGUGAUACAAUUUGAGCAUCCUCGUGUAAGUAAUGGUCCUGGCGGUGGUAUUGGAGGUCAAAUGUCCCCGAAUGGAUCACCAAUUCUUGAAAUGGCUGGACGUAGAUUUGUUGAGACGCUUGUCUCGAUUGUGGAACAUAGCAUGUAUGAAGAUAUGUGUAAUCAUUGGAUAAAAGCCGUCGUGAAGAAAACAAACAUGUAUGAUGUAGAAGGCGUAUUUUGUCUGCUAGAUUUUCUCGAUACGCUAAUAAUGGAACUGGAUGGAAGGGAUAGUAUAGAUACAUCCAAUGACCACCUAAACCCUGACAAUAUAAACAUAAAUUUAUCCACCUCAUUUUCUUCCAUCAGUUCAUCCAAUUCGUCUAGUAGUAGUACUGGCGGACUAAUCAACAUCCUCGACAUACCAUUCUAUCUCUCGUUAAUCAAAUUACUUUUGAACCAAUCCGAUCACACAAUCACCCUGUUACGCACCAUAAGUUUUAUAUACACUCAUUUCUGUCUGUUCACCUCGAAACCGAGUUACCUCGGUCAACUGGUCAAAGAUUUGUUAUUGGAGGAAGAGAUGUUUGAGCGGUUAUUUUGUCAUUGGUCGCGGAAUGUUCGCGUUUAUUUUAUGCGAUUGUUGGUUUGGCGCGUUUCGAGGGUUGUCGGUGGGAUAGGUUUUGUCGAUCGAUUUUAUGGGACUGGUGUUGGAAAUGGAGGUGCAGGAAUUUUCGAGGAAGAAAAACGACGAAAACAGGAUGGAGAACCGAUUGAUAGUGGUGUGGCGGUUGGCGUUAAUGCUGAAGAGAGCAUGAUCGAAAUUGUAUUAUUUACAUUACAAAGUCGAAUUGAAAAUAUACGACUUUGUCAUGAAAUAUUUUCAGAUGAUAUUGUGGAGAAUCGAGGUGAUGAAGAUGCUAUAGGAAAGGGUGUUGAAGAAGAAGCGAAAUCUUCCUUAUCAACAUUAUCUUCUUCCUCAUCCACUCAUACAGCAAUCUCUUCUAAAUCCUCUCCGUCUGAAAAUCAACCAGAAUCAUUGCCACCAUCAACACCCUCAUCCACACCCACUCGCCAAAAUUCAAAUCAAAAAAGGAAAAUGAAAAUGAGCGCCAAAAGUUUGAUUGCGAUGCGAUCUUCUGCAUCCGCAUCUACAUCCGUUCAAUCGACGACGAAAACGAAAACGGCUGCCACCAAUCCCAAUAAUACAAUAACAAAUUCGAUAACAAAUAAUCUUGUUUUGGACUCUACAUCCAGAAGCAAACCAGCAACAAAAAGUAAGCCGCGGGUCACGCAUUAUGCACCACAUCGUCACGUGUACGCCAGUAAAGCUAUACAAGAAUUCGAUGCGGUAAAUCAAGAAUAUUUGGAAUGGUGCGCACAAACAGCAAAUACCAGAAUUCAUAACGGAAAUAACUUAAAUAUCAACGGUAAUGGAGCUUCGAUAAAUGAGAGUUUUGGUAGUGGUGGUAUCAAUAAUAAUAACACGGGAAUCCUGUCGAUGCUAAUUCGAUUUCCUGGAUUGGUGGUUGAAUAUCCAAAAUAUUUUGGUACAGGUGGAGGAUCGAAUGGUGGAAUUCCCAUGAUCUAA